AAACUUUUGUUAGUUCCCAUUGAGCGUUCUACGAAGAGAAUUCUUAGAAACUAAAAAGUAAUAUUGAAGAAAAUACUUCGCGUACUUAUUUGCUGGACAGCUGAAUCCAAACGAGUAUCUUGAUCGCCAUGCUGCUCACGCUCGCACUAUUGAGUUUGGUCCUCUUGUUGGCCUAUAGAUUCUACUACAACACCUAUACAUAUUGGGCCAGAAUGGGCGUGCCCCAUGAGCGCCCUCUACCGGUGAUUGGAAACUCGAAGGGUAUCGGAACAAAGUACCACCUACGCGACAUCAGUAAAAGGAUAUACGACAAGUUCAAGGGCCAGGCACCCAUUGCGGGAAUGUUCCUGUUCUUCAAGCGAACGGCCGUGGUCACUGAUCUCGACCUCAUCAAGCAAGUGCUCAUCAAGGACUUCCAUUACUUUCAAGAUCGCGGUGUCUUUACCAACACUCGGGACGAUCCCUUGACGGGAAACCUUCUUACUUUGGAGGGCGAUGAGUGGAAGUCGAUGAGGCACAAGCUCACACCUGUCUUCACCUCCGGAAAGAUGAAGAAAAUGUCGGAGGUGGUUAUAGAGGUGGGGCAUCGCCUGGCCGACACCAUGGAAAAGGCGGUGAAGGUGGGCGAAGUGGAUAAUGGGGAUGUGGAGAUCAAGGAACUCUGUGCCCGGUUCACCACGGAUGUCAUUGGAACGUGCGCCUUCGGGUUGGAAUGCCACAGUCUUGCGGAUCCCAAAGCAGAAUUCCGAAAAAUGGGCCGCAUGAUCUUUGAGAAACCGCGUCAUUCGGCGCUAAUUCAAAUCUUUAUAGUCACCAACUCAAAGUUGGCUAAAAAGUUAAGGAUGAAGAUCCUUCGCGAUGAUUUGACCGACUUCUUCUUGUCGGCGGUGAAAAACACCGUCGACUAUCGCCUCAAGAACGGUAUAAAGCGGAAUGACUUUAUGGACCAGUUAAUAGAGCUCCGAGCGGAGGACCAAGAAGCAGCCAAGAAAGGUCAGGGUAUCGAUCUCUCCCACGGCUUGACCCUGGAGCAAAUGGCUGCCCAGGCCUUUGUGUUCUUCUUGGCUGGAUUCGAUACCUCCUCCAGUACGAUGGCCUUCUGUUUGUACGAACUAGCCCUCCAGCCGGAGAUCCAGAAUCAAGUAAGGGAUGAGAUAGAAAGGGUUCUGGAUGGAGAACCGAUUACCUACGAUGCCUUAGCGGAAAUGACCUAUCUGGAACAGGUCUUGUCUGAAACUCUUCGAAAACAUCCUAUUGUCCCGCAACUUUUGCGCGAAACGAAUGAAAACUAUAAGGUCCCCAAUACUGAGAUCAUCAUUGAGAAGGGAACUUCAUUGCUGAUACCUGUGCACAGUAUUCACUACGAUCCGGACUUGUAUCCACAACCAGAACUCUUCGAUCCCAGCCGCUUCGAGGCUGAUAAGUCCAAUUCCCGCCAUCCAUUUGCAUAUCUGCCCUUCGGCGAUGGACCACGCAGUUGCAUAGGUCUGCGUUUCGGCAAAAUGCAGGCCAAGAUUGGCAUUGUGUCCUUGCUUCAGCGCUUCAAGUUCGGUGUUUCAGAUCUAACAGAGAUCCCCUUAGUUUUGGACACUCGCAGCCCCACCUUGGCGGUCAAGCAUGGAAUUCAUCUAAAAGUCGAACGCAUAUAGACUCGGAAUUUUACUAACUUUGGAAAGUUUCUAAUAUAUUAAAGUUUCAUUAUAAAUUAAUGCAAAUGAUUAACUGAUGAAAACCACACUAUUUCACGUGUAAAGCGCUAAACUUGUAAAUAAUUACUAAAAUAAAUCCCAUUAAUAUCUAA